AUGCCAUACUCAUUCACCCAAAGAGUCCUUCUUGCUGCUGGGCCGUGCAUCGAGCCAACAUUAAGGCAUCCUCAUGAUUCGACCCGACAUGCCCACCCUCGCAACAUCAAGGUGGGGUACUGGCGACAGGCUGGCCUCAGCUACAUCCAGUACUCCCAGAUCUGUGCAAAAGCAGUGAGAGAUGCACUGAAGGUCGAGUUCAAAGCAAAUGCUGAGAAGACUUCUGACAGCACUGCAAAAAUUGUGAAACUGAAAAAAGAGUAAUCUACCCUGGCUAAAGCUUGAAAUGCUACAUUUUCCAAGGUGAAGAUGUGUGGAUCCAUGUUACAACAGAUUGAAAACUAUCUCCCGGGGCGCCUGGGUGGCUCAGUGGGUUAAAGCCUCUGCCUUUGGCUGGGGUCAUGAUCCCGGGGUCCUGGGAUCGAGCCGCACAUCGGGCUCUGCUCGGAGGGGAACCUGCUUCCCCCUCUCUCUCUGCCUGCCUUCCUGCCUGCUUGUGGUCUCUGUCUGU